AUGAUACAGACGGAUGGCCCCGGCUCACGUCCCGACCCAACGAUCAUCUCUUCUGGCGAUGAGGAAGAUUCUGAGAGCGAUCGUUACAGCAGUGUACGAUUCAAAAUCGACUCUCUUGAUGAUGAGAAAUAUGCUAUUCGGAUAGCUUCUGAGGGUGAUGGAAAUCCUAGGGCAGAAACGCCGGCCUCCUAA